GUGUGUGUCAGUUUUGGAUGAUCUCCAGUUAUGUUGCUCAGCGUCCUAUUCAAGUCUAAGAAAUAAAAAUGUGCUGUGCACUCUAUCCACGGAGAGGCUGAAGUGAAAGUAUUAUAGGUAGAGUGAGAGCUAGCUGGGAAAAAUAAAAUAAAACAAACCAUAGAGUGCCAAAUGAUGCUUUUAAUUGGAAAUGCAAUGUUAUCUGGUCGAAGAGAUCCCAUGGUGUAGAGAAACUAUAAAGGAGCCCUUCAUUUCUGGAAAGAACAGACUAUUUUAAAGAUAAAGCACCAAAAAAAAAAAAAAAGAAAGAAAGAAAGAAAAAAGAAAACAACAGCAACAACAACAAAAACACCAGAAGAAAAUCUAACUGGAUUGAUGGAAUUUCUUCUCUUGGACUUUGCUGAUGUUCCGCAUCUCCAGUGGUUUCUAUUUGGAUUGUCCUUAGUCACAGAUGGAACCCCCAAAAGACCAAGUGGAUGUGAAUUUCACUUCAGUGAUGGAAUUUGUUCUUUUGGGAUUUUCUGAUUUUCCCAAUCUCCAGAUGUUUCUUUUUGUGAUGUUUCUGUUUAUCUAUGUGGUAACUCUGAUGGGAAAUGGCAUCAUCAUUCUCAUAACCAGGACCGACCAGACUCUCCAGACUCCCAUGUAUUUUUUCCUCAGUAAUUUUUCCUUCUUGGAAAUCUGUUAUGUGUCUGUCACUCUUCCUAGAAUGCUCAUAAACCUUUGGACUCAGAAAAGGCACAUUUCCUUGUCUGCUUGUGCAACACAAAUGAGUUGUGCCCUUAUGUUUGGAAACAUAGAGUGCCUGCUUCUUACAGUGAUGGCCUAUGGCCGCUACAUGGCCAUUUGUAACCCUCUGCACUAUCCUCUAGUCAUGAACUACAAGGUAUGUGUCCAGCUGGUGUCUGCCUGCUGGGUCACUGGAGUUCCAGUUGAGAUAGGGCAAACGUGCCAGAUUUUCUCUCUGCCCUUUUGUAGGUCCAACCAGAUCAAUCACUACUUCUGUGACAUCCCCCCAAUACUAAAGCUGGCCUGUGGGGACAUUUUUCUGAAUGAGAUGAUGGUCUUCACUGUUGCUGUGCUGUUUGUCAUGAUCCCUUUUCUGUUGAUUCUUGGCUCCUACAUUAAAAUCACCUCCACCAUCCUGAAGUUGCCACUGGCAACAGGAAGAGCAAAGGCCUUCUCCACCUGCUCCUCUCAUGUCAUGGUUGUGACUUUAUUUUUUGGAUCUGGAAUCAUUACAUAUUUACGACCUAAAUCCAAAAAUUCCUCCAGAACAGACAAGUUUUUCUCUCUUUUCUAUACCAUUGUCACCCCGAUGUUUAACCCCCUGAUAUACACUCUGAGGAAUAAGGAUGUCCUGAUGGCGUUGAGAAAAUUGUUACCUUAAUGUAAAGCAUUAGCUGCUUGAUUUGAACUCAUUUACUGUUUUCCUAUUUAAUUCUGCCAUUGUAUAAUCAGAUAUGAAUGUUUAGUUUGUUUUUUCUACAUUACUAUAGAUUUAUUAUAUUUAUUCAUACCUGAGCUUAUUGUUUUAUGCUGGAUUUUCUGAUAUCAGGAAAUCCACAGGGUGUCUUGCUGAUAAGAAACUAUGUAUUUAGCCAAUCUCAUAUUCAG